AGGUUUUUAAAAUUUUGAGUAGGAGUGUGCUUUAGAUAAUAGCAGACUUCUGAAAUAGAACACGCUGAGGCUGGAUUAGUGUGUGAAAGGACUUCUGAGCUUGGUUCUUGGUUGCUCAUCAUAAAUUGGGGGGCUAAGCAUGGGCACAGAGUCAGCCUAUUAGGGCAUGCCUGAGCUAACUAUGCAGCACUUGGCCCCAGCUGGGGAAUCCCAGGACUCCAGUGCAAACCAAAACAAAAAGCACAAAUACAAAGUCUGUCCCUCCCUGACCUGUGACAUUUGCUGUCCCAGGCUGCAAUGCGCAGUUUCGUAUCACCCAGCCGCCCCCGCCGCCCUUCAACAAACAAACAAACAAACAAACAAAAAUGCACAAGGGCACCUCUAUCACGGCCAGUCGCCCUUGGAGCCGUCUCACUCCGUGGACAAGCCAGAGCGUUGACCUUUCUUCCGCCAGAACUUGCUUGCUGCGCCCGCUUGCGGCGUUUCUUCCUGCCCUUUCUUUGUGCAAGCAGAAGACGGGGAAGGGGCCUUUGCCCGCUCUCCCGGUUCUGGCACGUAGCAGCAACAUACAUAAUUCUCACAACACUGACCUGAAGAGAACUUUUGUAGAGGCAGAAGGAUUUGUGAAACUCAAACUCAAGAAGCCCAAGAUGUGGAAAGCAAUCGCUAAAUACUUGUUAAGAAGCAAAGUCCAUCAAGACUGGUCCCGAAGGCUGCUGCAAGCACAAAAGGGCAAGCACAGUCAUCGAAGGCAUUUCUGCCUGAGCAGGGGGCCUUGGCAUCAUUCGCUUCGAACGGCACAGGCCUUUCAGGCCCUUGGCACACAUGCAGCCAUCCAGAAAGUUGAAGCCCUGGAGGCAAAUCAGUUUGUGUGUGUUCACUGGGAAGAUGGGAGUCAGAGCCUUUACCCUUCUGUGUGGCUAAGAGACAAUUGCCAGUGCCCCGAUUGCUUCCUGGGCUCUGCUAAAGCACGUAAACUGCUUCUUGAAAACCUGGAUGUCAAUAUUGGGACAAAGAAUGUCACUUCGAUAGAUAGGAAAAAGGUAUAUAUUAUAUGGCCAGAUGACCACACUAGUGAAUUUGAGGCUGAAUGGUUGAAGAAGAGAUGUUUUUCUGAACAAGCAAGAGCAAAGAUACAAGAAGAAUUAUUUUUACCAGAACGUCAGUAUUGGGGCUCUGAUCUUCAGCUCCCGACUAUGACCUUUGAAGAGGUGUUGCUCAGUGAUGAAAGCACGUACAAGUGGUUAGUCACCCUUAAGAAGUUUGGAAUUGUGCUGCUAACGGGAGCUGCUAGUAGACAGGGAGAACUACUUAAACUUGGGCAACGUAUUGGAUUCCUUCGCCUCACAUUUUAUGGACCUACUUGGCAAGUUCAAGAUAAAGCAGAUGCUAACAACGUGGCUUACACAAGUGAAAAGCUGAGCUUUCACACAGACUACCCUGUUCUGCAAUUUCCACCUGGGAUUCAGUUGCUGCAUUGUAUAAAGCAAACUUCUUCUGGAGGGGAAAGUGAAGUUGUGGAUGGAUUUCAUGUAGCAAACAAGCUUAAGAAGCAAAAUCCCGAAGCUUUCCAAAUCCUGGCGUCUACCUUGGUAGACUUCACAGAUGUCGGGGUUGAUUACAGUGACUUCUCCAUGCAGUCCAAACAAAGAGUUAUAGAUGUAGAUGAAAAUGGCCAAGUGACUCGUAUCAACUUUAAUAAUGCAACCAGAGACACAAUAUUUGAUGUACCUGCUGAAAAAGUGAAACCAUUUUAUGCCGCUCUCAGGAACUAUGUUGAUCUGUUAAACAGUGUGGAUAAUAAAUAUACCUACAAAAUGAAACCAGGUGAAGUAGUGGUAUUUGACAACUGGCGUUUACUUCAUGGUCGGCAGAGUUACCAGACAGGAAGAGAAAUAUCCCGUCACCUCGAAGGGGCCUACGCAGACUGGGAUGUGGUAAUGUCAAGGCUUCGUAUUCUGCGAAAGAAAGUCCUGAGCAGAGAGUAACCACUGAGAGAUGAACUACUUGGGACCCUCGGCCUAUGCAAGGCUUGGCUGUUCUUCCCUCAAAGGCAAAUGGAUCCAAUGUGUUUCCAGUGACUUCAGGGAAUAGCUGGCUGAUGCAGUUCUAUCUAUCCUAUUGAAACCCGGGUUGACCUCUGGGAAAAGGUUCACAGGACAAUCCCGUUAUCCUGAGGAGGGCAUCCCAGUGGCCAUACUUGAUGAUGGACCUCCCCUCUCUCUGUUGGAGACAGAGCUAUGACCGUAGGGGGAAAUUGAGCAGGGGUUAUGCCCUCUGCAAUUUCCAUGGAAAGCUCUGCCAUGGCUCCUCUUCCAAGGUUGUUCCAAGGAAGAGGGAUAGGCAGAUAGGGAAGGCAUGAUGGAGGGCAGAGAGAGGAGAAGGAAGCUGUGGAUCCAUUAUUGGGCAGAUUGGAUUGAUAAUCAGUAAUCAACAAGCUUUUCUGUCCCUUUCUCAGCCCACUACAAGGCACUACAAGGUAGAGGAGCUCAGAGGGAGAACUAGCUAAACUGAAGGACCAGGAGGCAAAAAAGGCCUCUGUCCUUCCUCUUGCCAUGCCUGCCUCCUGUCAGCAGGGCUUUGGAUAGACGGAGAUCCCAUCCAUCAACAGAGUGUCCAUACUGUUGGAUGAUGCUUUGUCAUGCGUUGUUAACAUAAUAACAUGUAAAUGUACUUACCCCCGAUUGAAGCCUGAACAACUUCCUGCUUUUCCAACAGUUGUGAGCAGUGAAAUAACAAGAAUUAGAAGAAUUUUCCAACAUUUGUCUAUGCAUUCACUAGUGGGAAAGAAUUCCUAUGGGGAGGGGCACAGGGAGCUGGUGGUAGAACAUCCUUGGUGAAAUGUCCUUCCCUUUUAAAUCCACAUGGUUAGAUUGCAGCUGGCCUUGUGUUCCAGCCAACUUUUUUAGGACAAUGAUAUCUUCACUGUUUUCCCUUGGCUAUUUCUUCUUGCACUUUUCACCAGCAUGUAGUUUUUAAUGGUGAUUUUUCUUGGAUUGUUUUAGAUAUUAUAGCAAGCUGUUUUGUAGCAGCAAGUUGGAAUAAGAGCUAGGACAAUAAAAACACCAGCAGCACUCUUCGUUUGAAUUUUUAAAAUAGCAAUAUGCAGAGCCUUCCUAUUCACUAUGUUUAUAGCAACAUUAACUGUCUAAAAGCUAAAGAAUUAUCUGGAACAAACUGACACACCUUUUCUUUGAAAAUGGGGCAGGGGGUGGCAUCAGAAGCCCAGUGUAUGGCUUGUGUUGGUUUCCAGUUCAGUCAGGAAACAAAAACAGUGAAACUUGUAAGUUGUAAGAACUGGCAAGUGUUCUUUUGCUUGUUUCCCCUCACUGCUAGUUGAUUGCUGGUUUAGGUUGCAAACCUGGCAGCCCUUAGCUGUUAGUAAGUCUCACUGAAGUAGACAUGCACAGGAUUCUUCAAGCUGACAGCCUCUUAAUGCUCGCUGUUCUGAAUGCAUCUUUCUUCAACAAAACAGGAAGCAGCAGAUCUGGAGGGAAUAACUAGCGCCCCUCCUUCCUUGUUAAGCCUGGCUCAGAAGAGUUAGGCAUCAGUGCACUUGGUGUGCUGCCCCAGGUUGCUUCCAUGUGAGCCUUCUGGACAAAUGCUAGCCCUCAAUUGCUAUGCUUCAGUCAAUUGUCUGUCCAUCCUUCCAUCCUUCUUUCCUUUUCCUUUCUUUCUGAGCAUCUAGAUAAUUGCGAACUCAUUGUUUUCUCAGUGGUCCUUUAUCUGGCACUGAGUUUACCUAAAUUGCUCAAGAAAUCUGCAAUCUACUUUCUCAGGAGAGUAUAACGUAUACUAUUGAGUAUCCAUUAGGACCUAACAACAUCAUCCACACAGUCGUUGCUAUUUGUAAAAAAUGCUCAACUGUUACUAAUACAAAGCAGACUGUCUACAUUCUUGUUGAAGCAGAAUAGCACAAAUGCUGCUGUACUUUUUAAAGUUAAUCAUGCAGCUCGGAAAAGACUGAAGCAUGUAUAAAUAAGGAGAGUCUCUGGCUUAGCAAUAGACAACUUUUUCCUUUUCUAGUUGUUCAUUCAGGAGGGGAAGGGAAGGGAAGGGAGCGGAAGGGAGCAGCAAAGCAGGCUCAGCUCCUGGAGUAACCAUUCUUCUCAUGCUCACAGGAUCCUGAGCUGGCUUGGCUCCCCUUUACCUCCCUCAGUCAAGGAAAGGAAAAAGGGAAAUGCUGAGCAAGAGGAGUAUCGAGGUAGCCUUCACCUCAGCAUUUCUCCCAUGCUUAGAGUGCCUGUAAUCCCUUGAAUUCAGAGGGUCACAGGCAUCCCCAUAGGAUCAUGGCCUUACUUAUCUUGAGGUUACAUUCUCUCCCACUGUGGAUACAGUAAUUACAGCAAAAGCUUGAAAAAUGCUCAUAUAAUCACCAUGGUAUAAUUUCUCAAAGCAUUUAAUGGAUAUCCAUUUAUGUUUAGUCAUGAUAUUUGCCUGUUUGGGUUUAGCUUAGUUACAUAUUGGGGUGUCUAAAUUUGUAGAGGUUUUGAAGCUAAAUAAGACUAAAUCAACACACCUGACAUUACCAGGCCCUCUAGAUUGGUCCCAGAUGGCAAAUCAGCCGUCAGGGUUAAUCCAGUUCCCCACCUCUAGUAUCUUUCCCCUCCAAUGUGAUGCCUUCCUAAAUGGAUGUGAUCUUCCAGAUUUUCUUUCAUGCAAGUUUGACCAUUUUUUUCUUUGCACAAUAUGCCAAGUCUCAGUUAAGAUUUGUAUCCGACUUUUUAUUUAAGAACAUUCCUAAACAAUACCAAAUAGUUGUUUGUUCUUCCUGCUUUGUAUUUUGGCAUCACAUUAGAAUUUGAUACAGUGCAGCACAAGCUGAUGUGACAUAUCACAAACACUGGCUUUUAAUUGCUACUUGAUCCAUCAAUGCUUCCUUUCUUUUCCAUCCAGAAAGUCUAAUGGUUUCUAAUGCGUGUGUAUUAAAACAAAAAUUCAGUGGUCUUGUUCAUCUAACUGUAAAUCAGCUUUCCUAUGUUUACUACAUUAAGAUACUGUUUUUUGACAGGGAAACCCAAUUCCUUUCAUCAGCGAAGCCCAAAUCCUUAGGUUUGAUUCAGCCACUUCAUUUUGGAAAACAUUUUAUGCUUUGAACUCUGGAGCUUUCUGAGAACACUUCCAUGUGUUUAUGCAUUAAUAAAAUUUAGUUUUGGAACCAA